UGUUACUUUUUCUAAAGGAGCUUCUUGUGUACACAUUUUGUGUACAUUUUGUAUUCGCCUGUACACACACAAUUGCUGUUUUUUGUAAAUAAAAUGUCUCUAUACACAUGAGAGUGUUCCAAGUGUCAUCGGCCGAUAACCCUUAGCUUUGGUUUCUCCUCCUUCGAGCUUAUCGAAGGGCGAGUUGAUUGGUUGUCUCGGGCGGUGUUGUUGGAGGUCUGGUCAAUAAGUGAUUUGGAUUGGUGGAGAAGGCGGUAGCCUCGGUUUAUUAGUCGGGCUUUGCGGAAGUGUGGGAAGGUACGUCAAAACCAGGAGCAGGAAGUUCUGAUAGCCAGGUUGCCGAUACGGUGAUCCUUCCUCAGCGGUUCUCAGUAGCAGUGACAUCAGCGGAGGAAUAAAGGAGGCAUAUGGAAAGUUUUGUUGAUCGUUACAUGCAGAUGGCGAUCGGUGAUGAUGAGGAAGAGUUAAAUCUCGAUGAAGGUGAGGUUGAAGGAUGUUCGGCGGAGGUGGCGGCGACGGGUUUUCCAGUGAUCGGCCAGGUGCUGACAGACCGAAAGGUCAAAUUUCCGGAUCUCAAAGAGACGAUGCUUACACUUUGGAGGCCGGGAAAAGGAAUGCCGGUGAAAGAAAUUGGUGAAAAAGGUACUUGUUUUCGUUUAACCAUCGUUUUGAUAUGAAGUGUGUGCUUGAAGGAGGCCCUUGGCAGUGUGAACGUAGCCUGUUAAUGUUAAAAGAAGUUAUGCCUGAUGAUAUUCCACACAAAAUUAUCUUAAACGAGACUGAGUUUUGGGUUGAAAUUCAUAAUGUUCCCUAUAGUCUAGUUAAUCUCGGCACUACCAGACGUGUGAGAAAUUUCAUAGGAGAAUUUAUUAAAUAUGAUGAUAACCAGAAGAGUGACAAAUUAGAACCAUUAUGAGGGUUAGGGUUCUUAUGAAGAUGGAUAAAUCUCUGAAGAAGGCGACAAAUCUGAAAAAAGAUGGUAAAAGUUUUUGGGUAGACUUUAAAUAUGAAAGAUUACCCAACUUUUGCUUUAUCUGUGGCUUGAUUGGACAUUCAGAUAAUUUUUGUCCCUCAAAUUAUGAGGAAGGCUUAAUUUUAGAAAAAAGAUUUGGAAUCCAUCUUAGAGCAGGUAGCGGAGUGAAGACUAGCCCAACAGGAGGUCAUAAAUGGCUCUUGGAUGGUUCAUCGAGCUCUGGCAGAAUGGGUGGAGAUACAGGAGCAACUAAAUCAGAAGGAAAAAUAGUUGAGAAGGAGAAAGUGCCAAUGAAUGAAUCAGCCCACAGUUUUACAAAAGGAGGGGAGGGGCAAAAUGAAGAGGUAUCUAAGAGCAGGAAGAUUUGGGAGACUCAGACAGAGGAGCAAGUGGAGGACACCAUGGCUCUGGAUGGGGCAAAAAACGGGGAGGAGGCGGGCUUUGCUCCUUAAGCCCGCCGAAGCUGAUGACUGAAGUUUGGAGGCCGCAUGUCGGAGGGAUGGUUCGAGUUUUCUGGCUGCGGCGGAAGUGUUUUUUAUUUUGUUUUAUUAGCUAUUUCAGUAAUUGUUAUUUCUGUUUUGGUAUUUGUGUUUUCGUUUAUUUUCCAGUUUGUAAGACGUUGAUUUUGGAUAUGGGGGAUGAGAGGAAUAUG